AGUCUCCUCCGGCUUGAUCGGGACCGGUCUGGAUCCAGGCGGCAGGAUGUUUGUCCGCGGUCCCCCGGACCGCUGGAACGGCUCGGAGUCUGCGUGGUCGUAUGGAUGUCGGUAGUGGUAGGACGUGGCGGCGAGCCCCGGACCACGGAGCCCCGGGAGGCCGCGGAGCCCCGGGCCGCCCCUCCGGCGGGCUGCGCUGCCUGGCGGCGGGGAACGCGCAGGCGCACCGCGGCAUGGAGGUCCCCGGCGCGGCGGGGAACGCGCAUGCGCACCGCGGCAUGGAGGUCCCCGCCGUCCCCGGGGCUCCCCGCUACCGCCUGCUGCGGGAGGUCGGCCGGGGCAUGUACGGGGUGGUGUACGAGGCCGCGGCCCGCGGCUCGGGGGCCCGGGUGGCCGUGAAGAAGCUCCGCUGCGACGCCCCGGAGAACGUGGAGCUGGCGCUGCGGGAGUUCUGGGCGCUGGCCAGCCUGGAGCGGCGCUGCGACCACGUGGUGCAGCUGGAGGACUGCGUGCUGCAGAGGGACGGCCUGGCCCAGAGGAUGAGCCGCGGGAACCGGCGCUGCAAGCCCUACCUGCGGCUGGUGGAGACCUCGCUGAAGGGAGAGCGGCUGCUCGGCCCUCCAGAGCCCUGCUACCUGUGGUUCGUCAUGGAGUUCUGUGAAGGCGGAGAUCUCAACCACUUCAUCCUGUCCCGGCGGCCCGACCCCCGCACCAACAGCAGCUUCAUGCUGCAGCUGACCAGCGCCGUCGCCUUCCUGCACCAAAACAACAUCGUGCACCGGGACCUGAAACCCGACAACAUCCUCAUCUCCGAGAAGUCGGGCUCUCCGGUCCUCAAGGUGGCCGACUUCGGUCUCAGUAAAGUCUGCGCCGGCUUGGGAAACGCCGGGGACGCCAAGGAAGGCGAAGACAAGAACAGAAACGGCGGCCUGGACAAGUUCUGGCUGUCGUCCGCUUGCGGCUCCGACUUCUACAUGGCCCCGGAGGUGUGGGAGGGCCACUACACGGCUAAGGCCGACAUCUUCGCCCUGGGCAUCGUCAUCUGGGCCAUGCUGGAGAGGAUCACCUUUGUGGACGGGGAGUCCAAGCGGGAGCUGCUGGGAACGUACGUCCGGCAGGGAGACGACAUCGUCCCGGUGGGCGAGGCGCUGCUGGAGAAUCCCAAGAUGGUCCUGAACAUCCCACACCGACGGCGGUCGUGCAUGUCGGCCGCCGUGCGGACGCUGCUGCUGGACAUGCUGGCCGUCAACCCCCAGGACCGGCCUGACGCCUUCCAGCUGCAGGGCCGGAUGGACCAGGUUAUGGGGACCACGUGACCCGGACCUG